AUUGGAUAAACCACGGUUUUGCAGAUUGACACAUUUGGCCAGAUAUGUCACCAAAGUCUACGAAAGUGUAUACAGAAUUCCCAGCAAAAGUCGUCAAUUUAGUAAAUUUUAUUGGUUUCCUACUGAAUUUAGCAACAACGAUUUCGCGACCAACUAUAGCAGAUGAACACCAUCGUCACGGCAGUAACAGGUCGUGUAUUCCUGCUGAAGCUGAGCCAUUGCUCAACUCAAGUGGAUGUUAUCCUUUGCUAAAUUUUACCCGACCUUUUUGUCAGAAUCAUGGAGUCACAUUGUCAGACUACACAUACCAAACAACGGAUAAACAAAGCUAUAACAAUAAUGAGGGCAAUAAAUUCUUCGACCGACUUGUCAGGCUUGGCGUGCCUAAAGUAAGCAGGUUCUUUAAUGUGGACAACGACACGUUCAUAAAGUGUUUACAUGCUGUUGUGCCAUUCGCUUGUCAUUAUAGUUUCCCCAAUUGUGACGGAACCCAGAGUGAGUAUAAAAAACAAAAGAUUUGUCGGAAAACAUGUCUUAAUAUUAUUCGUAUAUGUGGAAAAAUUUGGGAUUUUUAUGUUAAGUUUUCAAAGCAUAAUCAUCCAGAGCCGGGAAUGGAAAAACUUCUUUAUUGCAAACUACAGCCUUAUAGAAAUGCUGGUGACUCCCCAGAAUGCUGGUAUAUUGAUCUUGAAGAUUCUCCAGAUCCGGAAUGGACAACGAAAGCAGAUUGUCUGUACUUAAACGGAAGCAGUUACAAUGGCAACAUAUCAGUGACAGCUUCAGGUAUUCCUUGUCAGUCAUGGACAGAACAAUGUCCACAUCGUCAUACCAUGAACACCACGUAUCCAGAAUUAAAUAACGCCAAGAAUUACUGUCGUAAUCCCAAGAACUCAGGACAAAGACCUUGGUGUUUUACUACAGAUAGGAAGAAGAGAUGGGAGUACUGUGAUAUCCCUAAAUGUACACCAGUUCAUGGUAAUUAUGGCAACUGGUCAUUGAGCAGUGGGUGUAAUGUAACUUGUGGUGAAGGUUUUGAAACAUGGAAACGAGAUUGUAACAAUCCUGGACCAAAGUUUGGUGGAAGAAACUGUAAUCAACUAGGAGAAGCCAUUGAGUAUAGACCAUGUCAAGCAACACCAUGUCCUGUUGACGGUGGUUACACCAGAUGGAGUUUAUAUGUCCCAUGCAAUGUUUCGUGCGGUGAAGGAAUGGAAAUAUGGCGACGUACUUGUGAUAAUCCAGAACCAAAAUACGGAGGAAAUAACUGCAGUGAGCUUGGAAAGUCAAUCGAUUUAAAGAAAUGUACAAAAAAACCAUGUCCAGCCAGUCCAGUCGAUGGUAACUAUGGCAACUGGACAAGAUUGUCGCCAUGUAGUGUCACGUGUGGUCAGGGUGUUGAAAUCUGGGGACGAAACUGUGAUAACCCCCCGGGAAAAUACGGUGGAAACUGCCGUAAGCAGGGAGUGGAUCAUGAAAAUCGACUGUGCGCGAAGAAACCUUGCCAGGUUGUCUCCCACACCAAAACGAUUUGUUUCAUCGUUGCUGCUACCUUUGUCAUAAUCGUGGUAAUCGUAAGCUAUCUUUUCAUUCGUCGCAAACGACGUGGAAAAACAGUACCGUUUCACGCUGUUGGGAAAUUUUCUUCUGAAGAAAUCCGUGAGCAACAUCAGCCUCAGGAAAUCGGCGAACUACUUCACUGUGUGGCUUUUGUUCCUUCUAAUGAAAGAAGUUCGUCAGAAGAGACUGGAACUGGUGUUGUUUAUCAAAACUUGACAACUGAUGGAGACCCAGUUCUAGGCCACUCGCGUGGUGUUGUAAACGACGAAGGAGAUUACGUAAAUACAGGACCUUCGCGAAGCUCGUGGUAUGAUAGACUACAGCUUUUCCGACCAUUAACUAUUGAUUGGCUACGAAAUUCGUGGGGGAAUGUUGACGAGAAAGGUCGCCAUGUUUAUGACGUUACGCAACAUGUCAGACAGGUUUUUAUUCCGUACGACAAGUUGGGAAACACCACGCAGGACGACUCGUCGAAGAGAAUGGAAACAAGUGAUUCAACUUACGAUACACCUGAAAGACCACCAGUGGUUAUAUAUAGCUCAGUGUCAAGGGGAGACUGCACCAAUGACUGAAAUUGCAUGAAAUAUUGAAA